AUGAGGAAAGAAAAGUCUAAAGAACGCCUGAGGUUCUCCUGCCCAAAACAGAAAGCUCCAGCCCCACCACACACAGUUAAGAUAAAUGUUGGCGUUUUUGUCCCGUCUGAGGAUGGAGGGUUGAAACGUCUCCGAGGGAAAAAAAUGAAUGUUCCUGUGGAAGCUGGCGACAAUGCCACAAAAGUUUUGGAGAAAGCUAAAAUGAAAAUGUUGACUUUCAACCAAGACCUGGAAAAGGGCGUAUACCACUUCUUGUACAAUGACUGUACAAAGGUGGAAACAAUUCCUGGCACGACAGAGCCCUUCACGGUUGUUCUCUCUGAUGAUGAGAUGCCUUCCACAUCAACAGGGUUUUCUCAAGACACAUGUUAUAGUAAAUAUACUACGGUAUAUGCACCUUCAGCUGAGUCUGACGAUGACUCUGCACCUGAAAAUAAUGGGGACACAGAGUAUGCAGUGGUAGAGGACCAGUCACUGACAGUAGGAGAUAUCAUUGCAAACUUAGCUGUUUGCAUUGAUCACAGCAGCAUAAGUAGAUUUAACAUCUGCCGCACAGAUGUUUGGGACGGGGCUAUGAGAGGCUUCAAGAGAACUUCCUUUUCCGCACAAAAAGACCUGCAUGUAAGGUUUACAGAUGACAUUGGAACUCAAGAAGAUGGCAUUGACACUGGUGGCCCUAAGAGGGAGUUUCUUACACUCCUUAUGAAGCAACUGCAAUCAAGGCAAAUCUUUGAAGGCCCUCCACAUAGUCGCUAUAUUGUAUACAAUGCAGCAGCAGGCAGAGAGGAUGAGUACUUUGGAGCAGGGCAAAUGAUCACAGUAUCCGUAGUACACGGAGGGCCUGGACCGAACUUCCUCUCAAAAGACCUCAUCAACUACAUGUUGGAACUCCCAACAUUCCAUGCCACUGUCAGUGAUAUACAGGACGAGGACAUAGGGAAAGUUCUGACUGAGAUCAAAAAUGCAUCCUCAUUGGAGUCAUUGAGGGACCUACUUCUGAAGAACAACACUAUGUUUGCAACUGCUGGCUGUCUAAAGCAUGUGAAGGUCUUAGAGGACAAAGAUGACAUUGUGAAUGAAUACCUGAAGUGGUACAUGCUGCACAGAAACCACAGUGCAAUCAGCAGAUUCAAAGAAGGACUUGAAACUUUGAAUUUCUUCACAGCAGUGAAACAGCAUACGACCGUUAUGAUGCCAGUCCUCUGCCACACUGGCAAUGAACUUAAAGCUUUGGACAUGGAGCGUCUUUUCAAACCAAAACGAAGUCUUUCUGGUAGCAACCAAAGAUAUCAUGAAGAAAAAGCCCUUGGUUUUUGGGCUGAAUUCCUUCUGGACUGUGAAGAACACCAGACUUCAGUGAAGUUGGAGGAAGUGCUCACCUUUUCAACAGGUGUGUCUUCAAUUCCACCAGCUGGGCUACAACCUCCUCCAACUCUGGAAUUUCACUUGACCUCCCCUUUGACAAUGGCCAACACCUGUGCCAACACUUUAAAAUUACCACUGUUGGGGGAAUACUCUCAAUUUAAAGAAAAUAUGACUUUUGGCAUAAUAAACUCCCCUGGGUUCGGAUGUGCCUAA